CACUGACUGUUUCAAUGUUUUUUUUGUUAUGCAUUAUUUUUCAUCGUUUUUCGACCAAAAUUCUCAUACAAAUAUGGGUAGCAACGUGAUUUUUCCGUAAACAAAACAAAAACAACAAUAUCGUUGACAAGUCAAAGCUGAAACUUUCUGGGAUUUGCUGUUUUUAGUUCAUUAUGGAUAAACCUCAGAUCAUUUCCCACAUCGAGAAAUCCGUCAAUUAUUCCCUGUUUGACUGUCGAUGGAUGCCAUGCUCUGCCAAGUUUGUUGUCAUGGGAUCUUUGCCAAACUCAAGUGGGGUUAUUCAACUCUACGAAAUUUCUGGAGGAGAUUUAAAAUUGAUAAAGGAGUUCAAAAGUGAUAAAGCUUUCAAGUGUGGUACCUUUGGGGGUUCGAAACUGUCAAGCCGUCUUUUAGCCACUGGAGAUUUUGACGGAAGAUUACACCUAUGGGAUUUUGAAAAGCCCGAUUCUCCUGCCUACUCUUGCAAAGCUCACAAAGAAAUAAUUAAUUGUAUUGAUGGAGUUGGUGGAUUAUCAACAGGAUGUGGAGCUCCUGAAAUAGUGACAGGAAGCCGAGAUGGUUCUGUCAAGGUUUGGGAUCCAAGACAGAAAGACAAGCCUGUGGCAGUAAUGGAACCAGAAGAAGGCGAAACGAAGCGUGAUUGCUGGGCUGUUGGUUUUGGGAAUUCCUAUAACUCUGAGGAACGUAUUGUAUGUGCCGGAUAUGACAAUGGUGAUAUAAAAAUGUUUGACCUAAAGACUAUGAGCCUAAGAUGGGAAACAAACAUAAAGAAUGGGGUAUGUUGUCUUGAAUUCGACAGAAGAGAUAUUAAGAUAAACAAACUGGUUGCCACAACACUGGAGUCCAAAGUUCUAGUAUUUGACAUGAGAACUCAACAUUCAAAAGAUGGAUUUCCUCACUUAACUGAAAAGUUAUCUAAUCAUGAGUUGGGAUUUUUUCCCUUUUGGACAUUUCAGGCUCACAAGUCAACAGUGUGGCUAUGCCGUCAUUUGCCUCAAAAUAGAGAAAUUUUCAUGACAGGUGGCGGCUCGGGUAGUCUCUGUUUGUGGAAAUACAAUUACCCAGAUAAAAGGACCAAAAUGCUGGACGGAGAAGAAGUAGGAGUGAUUGGCAAUCUCUCAUUGCUGCAAAAUUCUACAUUAUCUACCCAACCCAUCAGUGGUUUUGACUGGAGUCCCGACAAGCAAGGUCUAGCUGUAUGCACAUCGUUUGACCAAACUUUCAGAGUAUUGAUUGUUACCAAGCUUAAUUUAUUUUGAAGAUAUACAUUCCUGUUGUAUAUAACUGUUGAUGGUUUGACUUGCAUUGUUGAUGAUGUUUGUUUUGAGUUUAAGUUCUAUAGUGUCAUUUUUGUUGAGACACAGUUAGUUGUGUUUUAAGUAAAGAAACUCUGUGUGUGUCUAAGUCUGACAAAGGAAACAAUUUUGUGUAUUAAAAAAAUCAUUAAUAUGAUGUUUAAAAUGAAAGUUUUCUUUCAUAUUAAAGAAGUUUGAGAGCCAUAAAAUUUUUGCAUUGAUAAGAACCUAAUCAGUCCUUUCUAGCAGCAUAAAGAUGCGUAUCAGUGAGUCUGGGCACAAGCAGAAAAACCAAAG